UUUCCGAAGCUCAUGGCUGAGGAGUGUGAGCGAGUGGCGGCCGCUGCUGCAGUGACUGGAAGGAGGCGGAAAAGCGCCGGAGACACGGGGCUGGUGAGCCCAGAGGUGGUGGCAGAUGAGGAUUCUUGCUCUUCUUCCACCCCGCUAUCGCCAUCCUCUUCACCCCGUUCACUGGCUUCUGGCUCAGGCAGUUGUGCGCCUAGCAAGUGCAUCUGUAAUAGUUGUGGUCUAGAGAUUGUGGACAAAUACCUACUGAAGGUAAAUGAUAUGUGCUGGCACGUGCGCUGCCUUUCUUGCAGUGUAUGCAGGACCUCUUUAGGAAGGCAUACCAGUUGCUAUAUCAAAGACAAAGACAUUUUCUGCAAACUAGAUUAUUUCAGACGGUAUGGAACACGUUGUUCUCGCUGUGGCAGGCACAUCCAUUCUACUGACUGGGUUCGAAGAGCCAAGGGAAAUGUGUAUCAUUUGGCCUGCUUUGCCUGUUUCUCCUGCAAAAGGCAGCUCUCUACAGGAGAGGAAUUUGCUUUGGUUGAAGAGAAAGUCCUCUGUAGGGUGCAUUAUGAUUGCAUGUUGGAUAACUUGAAAAGAGAAGUUGAAAAUGGGAAUGGUAUUAGUGUAGAAGGUGCAUUAUUAACAGAGCAAGAUGUUAAUCAUCCAAAACCAGCAAAAAGAGCUCGAACCAGUUUCACAGCAGAUCAGCUGCAGGUAAUGCAAGCACAGUUUGCUCAGGACAACAAUCCAGAUGCACAAACACUGCAAAAACUGGCAGAAAGAACAGGCUUGAGCAGGCGUGUGAUACAGGUAUGGUUUCAAAAUUGUAGAGCACGCCAUAAGAAACAUGUUAGCCCCAACCACUCAUCUACUGCUCCUGUUACAACAGUCCAGGCUUCUAGGCUUUCUCCACCAAUGUUAGAAGAAAUGGCAUAUUCAGCAUAUGUGCCACAAGAUGGGACAAUGUUAACUGCUCUACAUAGUUACAUGGAUGCUCAUUCACCUUCUGCUCUUGGACUCCAGCCUUUGCUACCCCAUUCAGUGACACAACUGCCAAUAAAUCACAGCUGAUUUAUUUAUUUCAGGGACAUGAGAUUUAAGGAGGUACAUUUUGAGUCACCUGUCAUUGAAAAUCAAUUUAAUCUUAAAUAGCAUCCAAAGCAUUUUGAAGACCAUUUUGUUGCCCAAGUAUGUAAGUAUAGAUGGCCUGCAGGACACUUUUAUGGCUUUCUCCAUAAAUAUGUUUACAAACUUUAUUGAAGAGAAACAUCUUUUUUUGUAUUGUCUGGAAGUAGUCCAUUCUAGCUAUGUGUUUGUUAAUUUAUUUAUCAUCAAAAGAGCACUUUGCCUAAAAGACAG